AUGCACAAUUCAUUAAUUUAUUCAAGUAAUGUAUAAUGCAAGACAGAACCUGAAGAAAGUCUAGGAAGUAAGGCUUUAGAUGUUUUAAAAGAAAAAAUGAAAAUAUUUGAAUUAGAAAAGAUUCCUUCAUUAAGUUAUUCCCAAAAGAAAAACAUGUCAUAGAAAUAGAGAAGCAAAUCUCAAAAAUAUUAGAUUCAUUCGAAAGUUAAAUAACCAUCCUAAUAUUCUUUAUAUAGAGUAUCCAAUAAAGAAUAGCCUGUAAGUUAAUAAAACAGAUCUUCUAUACAAAUAUUAGAAUCUGUUAAAAGUAGAUUAAGCAUACAAGAAGUUAAAUUGUUAGAUAUACCUAUAGUAAAAGUAUCUAGAGAAAGAAUUAUGAGUAGUAAUAAGGAAUCUUAAAAUAAUAUAUCUCUAAUAUUAAUGGAAAAAUACUAUUAAGCUACAAUUAAAUAUGAAGAAAAAAAAUAAAAAUAUACCUCUAAAAAUAAACAACCAAAACAUACUUCAAAAUUGAUGGUCAAUAAUUAAGCAGUAAAAAAUUUUUAGAGAAAAAUUAAAAAUAGUAGAAGAGAAUUACUAAGAGAAUUAAAUACAUCUAUGAAUGAUUAGCAAUCUAUAUAAUAAUAAUAAUAACUAUAAACUAUUGCAGCAGAAGGUUAGAAUCUGAAAGAAAAAAAUAAUAAUAUUCAUUUUAGACCAAUCAAAACUAUAUAUAUUAAAAGGAAUUAUUCAACUUCUUGA